AACCUACCAGCUGCCAGACAUGAGAGCCAUACAGUUGCACAAUUAUAAUGCAUUGACCUUUUCCUAUUCCAAAUCUUACUCGUCUUUUUCAUUCUUUUAACCUUUACAUCAACGUAAUGUUAGGUAUCUUUCCUUUUCUUAAGGAAAAAAUACAUAUGUUGCCUUUUAAACUUGUGCAGAAAAAUUAUCAAAGAAGAUUUUGAAACACAAAUUAUAGAAUUCAAAAGCAAAACCAUUAUGAUGCUAUCAGAAUUGGUUCGAAAACAGGGAAGAGGAAAAUUUUGGUUCUUGACUGGAGUUCGACAAUCCUCGGCAGAUUUUACCCUUUUGAAUCUAACUGGUUAUGAUGUAAUUCAUUCGUACCAAGUUGAGUGCAGGUUCUAAACCUGUUUUUUAGCCUCUUACACUGGAUUACUGAUUUCAACUGUGUAAUAUAUGAGGUGUGCAGAAAUUGAUAUCAAUAUACGAGUUCCUCAUUCUUUUGUUUCACAUUAUAUAAGAGUUUGAAGAUCAAUUCUUGAGUUGGAUGCCUAUAGGAGUCAUCACUAUUUGUGAUUUUGCGGCACAGUCUCAUUUUUAUCAAUGGUGUCACGGAAAUAGCCUAUUUGUGCAAAUCACCCUAAUUUAUUGUUGUUGCCUUGUUGUACAAAUUAUGUAUAUCUCGUUAAACAAAUUACCAAACUAAUCUUGUGUAGUCAGAAGGAAAGUCCUGCAUCUGACUUUGGUAAUUCUGCUUCCUCGGAAGCAGGCCCUUCAACUAUUCCAUUGUUCCAUUUCACUUUGUUCGCACUCCAUUUUCCAUUUGCUAUAACAAGAACCAAAACAUGAACAGUUGAAUACACACCAGAAGAAGGUAUAGUGCCCACAGUUUUCACUUCAGAAACUGUGUUACCCAUUGAAGAAUCUACUCAUUCCAUCUCAGGUAACUGAUUCUCCGGACACCCUGUUGAAAUCCAACUACACCAAAGACAGUACCUUUUUUCGUAGAAUGAUGAAUUCUGAUUCAAUCUUCCUCCUACCAUCAAGCAACAAGCCAAUGGCAAUACCCACAAAGGAGGAGGAAGAAGAAGAAGAACCACCAAUUUCCACCACUACUUUGCUUUCUUUUGACACAGAUUCUUCUUCCCCGUCUACUCCUCCUAAACACCCUUUGACUACUCUAAUUUUCACAGCACUAAUUCUUGUCACUUGUUUAGCUGUCUCUGCCGCUUUUGCCUUUGGUUUCCUCUUCUUUUCCUCCUCUUCACGUCCUUCUCUAUCCAUUUCUGAUGAUGUAUCAGUUAGGCCACUCAAGAAACUCAAACGUCCAGUUGUUCUCUUGGUUUCCUCAGAUGGGUUUCGCUUUGGGUAUCAGUACAAGACAGAUACCCCUAAUAUCAAUAGAUUGAUCAAGAAUGGAACAGAAGCUGAAUUGGGUUUAAUACCUGUGUUCCCAACUCUGACUUUUCCUAAUCAUUAUGCUAUUGUUACUGGUUUGUACCCUGCUUAUCAUGGUAUUGUUAACAAUUAUUUUCUUGAUCCCAAUACUGGUGAGGCUUUUAGUAUGAGGAGUUAUGAUCCCAAGUGGUGGCUCGGGGAGCCGCUUUGGGAAACUGUGGUCAAUCACGGUCUUAAAGCUGCUACUUAUUUUUGGCCUGGCUCUGAGGUUAAUAAAGGAGGUUGGACUUGUCCCCAAUCUCUAUGUCUUAUGUAUAAUGGUUCUGUUCCAUUUGAAGAAAGAGUUGAUACUGUUUUGAACUACUUUGACUUGCCAAGUGAUGAAAUUCCAUCGUUUAUGACGCUCUAUUUUGGAGACCCUGAUUAUCAGGGUCACAAGGUUGGCCCGGAUGAUCCUCAGAUCACUGAAGCCAUUACAAGAGUUGAUGGGAUGAUUGGGAGGUUGAUCCGAGGUUUAGAGGAAAGAGAGGUUUUUGAGGAUGUGAACAUCAUAAUGGUGGGUGAUCAUGGUAUGGUUGGCACUUGUGAUAAAAAGCUAAUCUUUUUGGAGGAUUUGGCUCAGUGGAUUGAAAUCCCAAAGGAUUGGAUACAGUCAUAUAGUCCAUUGCUUUCCAUUCGUCCACCACCAAGUUACUCCGCCAAGGAUGUGGUUACCAAGAUGAACAGGGGCUUAAAGUCAGGGAAGGUUAAGAAUGGUCAGUAUUUGAAAGUGUAUCUGAAGGAGGAGCUCCCUGCUCGGCUUCAUUAUUCAGCGAGCGACCGAAUACCACCCAUCAUUGGGUUGAUUGAUGAAUCAUUUAAGGUCGAGCAGAAGAGCUCAAAAAGGAAAGAGUGUGGUGGAUCUCAUGGGUAUGACAAUGCAUUCUUCUCAAUGAGGAGCAUCUUCAUUGCACAUGGUCCUCAGUUUGCCAGAGGCCGUAAAGUCCCAUCUUUUGAGAAUGUUCAGAUUUAUAAUCUGAUUACCACAAUCCUUAAUAUACAAGGAGCUUCUAACAAUGGGACAACAUCAUUUCCAAAGACGAUUCUUUUACCCGGCCACUAAGACAUUUUUGAGAAAGCUAAUUAGGGAUGUGAGAUAAUAUUUGUAUGCUUCACUUAGCAAUUUAAGGUGAUGAACACAAAUUCAGAGAUGUAGGAAACAAAAAGUAAGAUCCUUUUAGAUGUUUUUUUCUUCCUCUGAAUCUUCCUUUACUUCAUUUUAAAACUUUCUUUUUGGGCAAUCUUAGUUCCCUAUAUGUACACAAACAAGGUUGUGUAUGCUCCAAGUUAUAUCAAUGGAAACUCAGACCCUACCAUGUGGAAAACGAAAGCCAUUGAAUUGAAGGGGCAAUUUGAUUU